AUGUAUACGCGUAAGGUCGGUCUUGUUGUUCGACAUAAUUUUAAAUCUUGCCUUUGUGUCAGACACAAAAGUGAUUUACCCACAAAACAACCAGAUAACUAUUAUGACCCGGAUGCUAUUCAUGAGAAUCCAUUGGAGAGGUGUAAGAGGUUUGUCAAAAGAGAUAUAAAUGAAUUGUGGAGAAAAGUUAAUGACCCAUUUGAUCAGUACGAAGAUGAUAAAAUAUUCCCCAAAACCGUUGACAUUUUAAUUGUUGGUGGAGGUGUAAUUGGUUCAUCCAUUGCUUAUUGGCUCCAAAAUAAAUGCAGAGAUGGAUUAACAAUUGCUGUUGUUGAAAAAGAUUUAUCGGUAAACAAAUCAGUUAUGUCUACUCAAGAGUAUGCAAAAGCAUCUUCAGUACUUUCAUGCGGAGGAAUUCGUCAACAGUUUUCACUUAAAGAAAACAUUGAAUUAUCCCAAUUCAGUGCUGAAUUUCUUCGAGAUAUCAAAAAUUACUUGACCAUUCCAGAACAGCAACCACCAGAAAUAAAUUUUAAUCCAUCUGGCUAUUUAUUUUUAGCUACAGAAAAUGGUGUGGAUACAAUGUUAAAAAAUCAUCAACUACAAAAGGAAUUAAAUGCUAAUGUUGAACUUUUAUCAAAAGAUAUGAUGAAAACUAAAUUUCCUUGGUUAAAUGUAGAUGAUAUUGAAUUAGGAAGUCUUGGAACUUUAAAUUCAGGAUGGUUUGAUCCUUGGUCCUUGUUGAAUGCAUUAAGAAAUAAAGCUAAAUCACUUGGGACAUAUUAUGUUGAAGGUGAAGUAGAAGAUUUUGGUUUUAAAGUAGAUACAAGCAUAAUGGUGGAAGAAGAUCCUAAUAAAGAAUAUGAAGGGAUUAAUAGCGUAAAAGUAAAAUUAAAAGAUGGUGAAACACAACAAAUAGUAUUUGGUAUAUGUAUAGUAGCAGCGGGUGCCGAAUCAGGAAAAAUUGCUCGAAUGGCUAAAGUUGGAAAUGGAAAAGGAUUUUUAUCCACACCUUUACCUAUUGAACCUCGUAAACGUUUUGUGUAUUAUUACCACGCACCUAAGGGUCCUUCAAUGUCUCCAAUGGUAAUUGAUCCAUCUGGAACUUAUUUCAGGCCUGACAGCUUUGACAACCAUUAUAUAUGUGGUAAAUCACCCUGUGAUACAGAAGAACCAGAAACAGUCAAUUUAGAUGUAGAUCAUGAUUUUUUUGAAAAGGAAAUUUGGGCAACACUCGCACACAGAGUACCUGCAUUUGAAGAAGCAAAAGUGAAAAGUAGCUGGGCUGGAUUUUAUGAUUAUAAUUGGUAUGAUCAAAAUGCUGUUGUCGGAGCUCAUCCAAGUUAUUUCAACUUAUUUUUUGCUGCUGGUUUUAGUGGACAUGGUAUACAACAAGCACCAGCUAUUGGCCGAGCUAUUAUGGAAAUGAUUACUGAGAGUGGAUAUAACACAAUAGAUCUUUCUAGGUUAGGUUUUGGCCGUCUAAUUGCUGAACAACCAUUAUACGAAAAGAACAUUGUCUAA